CAUUAUCUCAGACGUCGAGUAGCAGUCGAAGUGUUAAGACGUGUUCUGCUUUUUUUCUGAAAAUCACAAACCCUUUUUCGUUUUUUCUUCAGUUUCAUUUAUAUUUUUGUGAUAUUUGUACUUUUAUUUUUUUGCUAACUUAAAACAACAAGAGACGAAAAAAAGAUACUUUUUUUAAUUUCGGGAACCUUAGUUUAAAAUUGGAACUAUCCAGACGUGACCGUUAUAUAAGAAAAUUUGGACUGUAUUGUGAUAUUAUUUUUUUGAAAUUUUAACGCGGUGUGAAUUUUUGUAACGAAAAGAAAAAAAGGACGUUGGUUUUUUUUCGUAAAUUAUUUUACUUUUUGUGGAUAAAUGAAGCCUAUGGCAGAGAAGGACAACGAUUCAAUGGCUACUGUACAAAUUAAGCCUGAAUAUGCUCCUAGUGAGGUUUAUAGCACUGCUAGCGAACCGCCACCGAUGGGAAUGUUUAGCUACAAUCAGGCCUACAAACGUCAAUCGAGUUCAGUGAAAAUUGCUAAAAUUACAGCAUUCACCAUUAUAGUAUCGUCAUUUAUAAUUGGAUCUUUUAUUUUGGCAUCAACAUAUUUGCAAGCUCGAGUCUCAUGCGAUCAAGUUCAAGCUCUCGACUCUGUUCUCGAAAAAGAGCUGAUGUUAGAGACCCUGCAGCAGGUGAAUAAGGAACUUCCACGUGCCGAUGCAUUGAUUGGUAUUGAUUCCAACAAUGAUGAAAUUGACUUGCAAAAUCUGGACAAAGACGAACCAACAAUGGUUAAGAAAGUGGAACAACCUAAAGAAACAGCUGCAGCACCAGUAGAUUCUCGCAACGAACCAACAAAUGAAAGUGAAACCGAUUCAUCUUUCUCGGACAGCGAAGAAGCCGAUGAUCUGCAAAAAAUUUCAAAUAAAGUUCCUCUUGAAUUAGAUUUAAGCGACUUGGCAGCAGCUCUUUUGCAAAAUAACAAGAAAUCCCGCAUGAAUUGUGUAGUCGAACGUAAGCACGCCGAAGAAAUCGUCGAUAGCCCCUCAAAGACCGUUAACCUUCCUUUCGGAGUAAACCUUACAACUGACCCUAAGAAGGCACGCAUCACCGGUGAACGUAUUUCAAUUUUCUGUGAAAGCGGAAACGAGGAUAAGGAACAACAACCACGACCCAAUUUGCGUGAGGAAGUCGAUGAUGUUGAAGCAAUCCGCCCAAUGUUCAUCCCAUACCAACGCGUUCCAAUUCCAUUCGGUCAGACUCCAAAUCAAUUCCCAUUGACCCACAUGCCACAACGCAUGAUGCCGCAACGCAUGAACAUGAUGCCACCAAUGCCCCAACAACAGCAACAACCCCCCAUGAUGGUCCGUCAAAUGCCACCACCAUUCCAACAUAUGCCAAUGCCAACAAUGGGAGGACGUCCACCAAUGCCACCACAAAUCAUGCAGGCUCCACACCCAGAACCCAUGCAGGAGCAACACGUACGCAUUCAUGUCCAACAGUUGCCAUUCCGUGAAAUUCAUGUUAGCGAUGAAAUGCCCGUUCAAAUCCCAUCCGGAAACCAAGAAUUGCCACACAUUCAAGUCCAGAGGGUGCCAUUGGGAUUGGCUCUACAACGUGCCGGUAUCACUGCUGAGGAUUUAAGAAAUAUUCAACGUGCCGCUGAAGAGAGAAUCACCGACGAAUUGAGACGUCUGGCUGCUGAAGAAGCUGCUGAAUCGAACUCUGAAUCCGAUAGUAAUAGCUCCGAAGAAGAUGACUCACAAACUCAAUCAAACGAACAAAUGCAUAACCAAGAACAGCAACAUCAACUACAACAACAGCAACAACAACAACAACAACAGCAACAACAACAGAGACAACAAGAAGAGGAACAAUUGACAACUCAACAAUUACCCAUGGAACCACGUGACACCAUGACUCCUCCUAUGCCCGAUCAACCACAAAUUCUUCAAAUCGGACGUAAUGCUUAUGGACGCAGCUUGAUGAGCCCAGUUAACAUUCCUAUUCCAAUGAAUCAAGCUCAAGCCGAUAUGAAUCAAGAAGCAAUGGAACCAGAAAGGCCACACUAUGUCCAACCUCGUUCCAUCCGUAGCACAGACAAUAUUUUCAAAUCAGAAAAACGUGUCAAGAAGUGCGCCUGUGAUUGCAACUGUUAAAUCAAUGAUUUUUCUUUAAACAAUAUGAAAAAUCAUAAACUAAAAUAAAUUUAACAGCCAGCCAAUAAUUUCUUUUUCAACAAAAAUAAAAUUAAAAAAAGAUACAAAAUUUCUUUUAUUAUUAUGUAUAUUAUGUUAAUGUAAACAAAAACGAUGAAAAAGAAAAAAACAAAAGAUAUUUGAAACAAUAAAUUCAGCAAAUUGGUAUUAUUUUGAGAUAUUUAAUCUUUUUAAAAGAGUAUAUAUAAUUUUUAUUUUUUGAAAGAGGAUACAUAAAAAGUAUAUUUUCUUAAAUGUAUAGUAUGAAACCAAAUUGAUGGAAUAAAAUUGUAAAUAAAAUUAGUUUUUAUAAAAAAAAAUA